AUAUAUAUAGACAAAUCGCCAUCUCUCUUAAUACUCUCUCUCUCUCUUUCUCUCUCUCGUCUCUCUCUCUCUCUCUCUCUGUGUUGAAUGCUGAUUUAGGCCCGUACUUGUAGCUCGCCCCUUCAUUGAAACAGAGCAGAGAUUUUGAAAUCAAAAAAUGAAUUGGAGAAAAUAAAAGAAUUGAAAAAAAAAUACGAAUUUUACUCAUUCUUCUAAACGGAUAAGGCUCCAAGAUUGAAGGGAUUUUUGUGUUUUGUUUUGGUUUGGUUUGGUUUUUUAUGGAGAUGGGUUCUUAUUUGAGGGAAAUAGAAGGGAAGUUAUCGAAUGACCCUUUUUUAACAGAGAAGAUUAGCGGCGGCGGAGGCGGCGGCGGGAUGCGGCGGGUUUGGGUUCCGGGACCGGUGAUAGUAGGAGCAGGGCCGUCGGGAUUAGCGGCGGCGGCGUGUUUGAAACAAAGAGGAGUACCGAGUAUGUUACUGGAGAGAUCCAACUGUAUAGCGUCGUUGUGGCAGUUAAAGACGUAUGAUCGGCUACGGUUGCAUCUACCGAAGCAAUUUUGUGAGCUGCCGUUUAUGGGUUUUCCGGGGGAUUUUCCGACGUAUCCUUCUAAGCAACAAUUCGUUAAGUAUUUGGAGGAUUACGCGGAGAGAUUUGAUAUACGGCCCAGAUUUAACGAGAUGGUAGCAGAGGCUGAGUACGAUCGUACCCUUGGGUUUUGGCGCGUGAGGAGCAAGCGCGGUGGUUGUCGUGGUGAUGAGAUGGAGUAUGUUUGCCGGUGGUUGAUCGUCGCUACUGGUGAAAAUGCGGAGGCGGUGGUGCCGGAGUUCGACGGAAUGACGGAAUUUGGUGGCUCGAUUAAACACACGAGUUUGUAUAAAAGCGGCGAGGAGUUUCGAGGUAAAAAGGUUUUGGUCGUUGGCUGUGGAAAUUCUGGGAUGGAAGUUUGUUUGGAUCUUUGUGAACAUAGUGCAAGCCCUUCUCUCGUUGUCAGAGACACCGUGCACGUACUACCACGAGAGAUGCUGGGGAGAUCAACUUUCGGGUUGUCCAUGUGGUUGCUAAAGUGGUUCCCCAUACGUCUGGUCGAUGGGUUCCUGCUAAUGGUGUCGAGGCUGAUGCUUGGAGACACUGCCAGAUUCGGGUUGGACCGGCCCAUUAUGGGCCCACUUCGGCUCAAAAACAUGUCCGGAAAAACUCCAGUAUUGGACGUUGGUACCCUUGCCAAAAUCAAAACGGGACAUAUUAAGAUUCGUCCUAGCAUCAAACGGCUGAAACGUCAAGCUGUGGAAUUUGUUGAUGGAAGAAUAGAAAGAUUUGAUUCCAUUAUAUUGGCUACUGGUUAUAGAAGUAAUGUCCCUUCUUGGCUAAAGGAAGGAGAAAUGUUUGGGAAAAAAGAUGGGUUGCCAAGGAGGCCAUUUCCAAAUGGAUGGAAAGGAGAAAAUGGGCUAUAUGCAGUGGGAUUCACAAAGCGUGGAUUACUCGGCGCAUCAAUGGACGCAAAGAGAAUCGCCGAGGACAUCGAACGGUGUUGGAAAGCUGAGGCUAAGCUUUCUACGCCCACUACGCUAUCUCCACCGUCCACGUAGACGAAUCUGACACUCUACCCUUUCUGAAAAUGCCCAAAAAAAAAAAAAAGUAGGAAAAAGAAAUCGUAAUUCAUUGAAUCGCCGAUUCGAGAUUCAUCGCUCCCUUCUUCGACGAAAGGGAACUUGCGGGGUUUCGACGCUUCUUUGAUUAAGAAAAAGGAUUUGAAUUAAAAAAAAAAAAGCGAAUGAAAUUACCGUUCAGCCCUCGGGAAGGAGGAAGAAACAGAAGAGUUUUUUUUCUCGUGAAGGGCAAAACUGCCACUUUUGAACAAUUUUUUCUCUCUGGUUAGAGAGAGAGAGAGAAAGGGGAUGUUUGGAAACAGGAAUUGCUUGGGAGGUGUUUGGCUUUUGUUAUAGAAUGAUAUUCUAGUGAGACAAAAGAAACGACUUGAAAAAGACGAGGUUUUGGGAAACUCGAACAUAACCGUUAGAUGCACGAGACAAAAAUUGGAAAAAAAAUAUUUACUUUUUAACUAUGUAUUCGUUUCGAGAUUACUUGUUCGAGUGAGAACAGCAAAAUUGUGUUUUUUUUUU